CCGGCAUUCACGUACAGCCCGCUACGUGCACAUAUGACUACCACUCCACCGAAUCGACCACUACAAGUACAGGUCCCAAACCAAACUUUGAACUCGAAUAAUCUAAAGCAUCGGACAAAUUUUAUCAGGCACUCUCCGAUUCUAUCUCCACGAUCCUCGCGUUUACCAGCCCGCAAAAUCGCGUCAGCGAAGAAACAUAGGGACACGACCUCGCGAAGUGCUCGAACCAACCUUAAACCCAAUCCGUACGACUCGUUACCCAUGGGUGAAGGUGAAGAAUGGGGGACACUAGAACCGGCGAAGAAGAAAAUGAAACCGUCCAGAGAGAAUGAAUUUGGAAUACGCACGUCUUCAAAGUUUACACUAGGCAGCCUAGGGAUGGACCUCGGCAAGGGAAAGAAGACAGGGAUGUCUGCUGAGUCUUCACGGAGAGUGAUAACCUUUUUACCCCCGCCCCUAGACUCAAAGUCGCGGUCUCUUUCCGAGGACGAAACUCGAAGUCCUCCACCAAAAAUUGUUGAGGACGCAAUUGAUCUAAAUUACACCUCUGUCCAAGCCCGGAAUUUCGAACAUGACGAUCACGAUCUCUGCGCAUCUCCCGAGCAUUCGAACGUACAACAUCAUAUCACAAUGGUUCUAUUAGGAGGUCGCGCACACAAAAGUCCUGUCACCCCAGCACGUAAAAUCUCUAAUCCUUAUCCUUCUCCGCAAGUGUCCGCAUUGUCUGUUGGUGACGCCCCACGCGACCUUGAAGUUCCUUCGGGUCGUAGAGUCACAGCGAUAGAUAAAACUUGCAGCGAUCUCUAUCGUCCACCCUCGCCUCCGACCUCGGAUCCACCCCAGCAGAACGAGACAUUCGGAAGGGACACUUCUAUACCGCUUGAUAUAGGGAGCAUUUCACGUCGUUAUCCUGGAAUUCAGAGAAUGUCGCGUAAGUAGCGCCGUCAUGGCUUUCAACAGUUCAUUAAUAUUGCUCACUCGGAUCCUCUGACCUGUGGGAUUGCAUUUUGGCCUUGGAUUAUAUCAUAGAAAAAAAGGUUCAGCCAAUAAUAAUAGACUCGAUUAUUGCAUUGCAAACAAAGAAAUGUACCCCAAAGAUCUUCAGAACCUCUACAAUAUACAAAGGUACUGUUAACAACAGGGGAAACAUACAAAUAAGUAAUGUGUGCACAUUCAUCUAGCUCCCAUAAAAUGAGAACGCGCGUGUAUAUUUCAUGACGCCGUCCAGAGUGUUGAAGAGCGAUAGCAGGCAAAGUCAAUCGAAUCAAGAAAUGUAACAAAACCCGAGGGAUUUAUUGAGGU